GCCUGAGAGGAGCUGAUAGAAACAGAUAAGUAAAAGCUCAACUCCUAAAGGAAGAACAAGAGGACAGGAUCUGAGGGAUCUGAAUAAUUUCUUUUCCCUGCAGUAUUCAGUUUUAUGGUGCGUAGUAUUUUCACAGGAGUAGUGCGCAAUUAGGCAUAGCCAAAGAGAAAGAGGGAUCAAAUCUGCAGUACAAGUGGUUAUUAGUAUAUACGCAGCGUAAAAACAAAGUAUUUUUGUUUGUGGAUUUUGACUUGCCCGUAAAGAAUGACUGCUGAAGUCCAGCAGCCCUCCGUGCAGCCCCCUGCUCACAGUAGCCCAAUGUCGGAGAAACCGCACGGACAGACGCCUGUGAUGGAGACCUCCUCUUCCUCCUCCAGCACCAAAACAAAAAAGACGAACGCUGGAAUCCGUCGUCCGGAAAAGCCCCCUUAUUCUUACAUCGCUCUUAUUGUCAUGGCUAUCCAGAGCUCUCCAACCAAACGACUGACUCUGAGCGAAAUUUACCAGUUUCUCCAGAGCCGCUUUCCUUUUUUUAGAGGCUCAUAUCAAGGCUGGAAAAACUCGGUACGUCACAAUCUGUCUCUGAACGAGUGCUUUAUUAAGCUGCCCAAGGGUCUGGGCAGACCCGGGAAGGGUCACUACUGGACUAUCGACCCUGCCAGCGAGUUCAUGUUUGGAGGAUCUUUCCGUAGGAGGCCGCGGGGAUUCAGGCGCAAAUGUCAGGCGCUAAAACCUUCCAUGUACAGCAUGAUGAACGGACUGGGAUUCAAUCACAUACCAGAGUCCUAUAACUUUCAGGGGGGCGGCGGGGGCCUGUCUUGUCCUCCAAACAGUUUACCUUUGGAGAGUGGGAUUGGGACGAUGAAUGGACAUUUGGUUAGCAAUAUGGAAGGAAUGGGCUUAACAGGACACUCCAUGUCCCAUCUAUCAACUAAUAGUGGACAUUCCUAUAUGGGCAGUUGCACGGGAUCAUCGGGAAGUGAAUACCCCCACCACGACAACUCUGCAUCGCCGCUUCUUGCCAGCGGGGGAGUGAUGGAACCGCAUGCCGUGUAUUCUAGCACAGCCUCGGUCUGGCCUCCAGCGUCCCCGGCCUCUCUAAACAACGGGGCGUCUUACAUCAAACAGCCGCUCUCUCCGUGCAACCCUGGAGCCAAUCAACUGCAGCCCAGCUUACCCACACACUCUCUGGAACAGUCCUACAUGCACCAGAAUGGCCACGGAACCACUGACCUUCAAGGUAUACCGCGCUAUCAUUCCCAAUCGCCCAGCAUGUGUGACAGGAAAGAGUUUGUCUUUUCUUUUAACUCCAUGACCUCUUCAUCACUGCACUCACCAGGGAGUAGCUCGUACUACCACCAUCAGCAGGUCUCCUAUCAGGACAUAAAACCCUGUGUGAUGUGACAGCAUUUCUACAGUCAAAUAUUCUAUGCUACGACGAGAAAGAGCGCAAAUAGACAUGGAGUGGUCCGUGAAUGGCUCUUUUGUAAAGCAUCGUGGAAUACGGAAUUAAGAAUUGCCGUUUAUUACUAAUCAGAACUUGGCAACGGAAUAGCAUUGUUAGAAAACUACAAACUCAAUAGAGAAGCACUUAAGAAAGGUCGAUUCACUAUCUUUAGAUAUUUCAAAAUGGAAAACAAAUGCAGCUUCAGAUCUCUGCGAAGGUCGGGGAAAAAAAACAAAAUCAAAUGAAUCUCGUUUCCGAUGACUGCCACAUUUGAGAGCCAAAGAGGAGUGAAAAUCUCUGAUGUUGAUGCAUUGUUAUUAAACUUUAAUUUGAAAAGUU